AUGCCUCGCUUCGACGACUCCGACCUUGGAGCUGAUUUGACCCAAGUCCGUUCUCCUCGAGACGCCAGACCCAGUGUCGGCGGCAUCACAGCUCCAGAGGGCGGUGCCACGCUCCCCAUACCCGCAGACCCUCAUCAUCAUGGUCGCCGGGAAAGUGAAAUCGUUGAAGUGCCUGCCACACGCAGCUCUAUCAGCGAUGCAGCUCAAUACAUGCACAACCUCAGCCUGAACCCUUCCAUGCGCGAGAAGCGCGGCUCCCGAAAUUCGUUUGGUGUUUCAUUGCCCAUCCCCCGUUCUCCACGGCCAUCUCGUCUUUCUGUGAUAUCGGGCAAGGGCAUUGACAGUGCCAAAGCUGCCGUCUCGCGCGAGCUGAUGGCCUCUCAGGUCCAGGAUAUGGCCAAGGAGAAAGUGGCUGCUGCCAAGAACAUGGCCUUUGCCUUUGAUAUUGAUGGUGUCCUGGCUCACGGCAACCAGGCUAUUCUCGAGGCCCGCGAGGUCCUCAAGAUGUUGAACGGAGACAAUGAACUGGGUAUCAAGAUCCCGCACAUCUUGCUUACCAAUGGUGGUGGUAAGACGGAAGAGGAGCGUUGCCAGCAAUUGUCUGAAAUCUUGGAGAGCCCCAUCUCUGUCGACCAGUUUAUUCAGUCUCACACCCCCAUGCAAGCCUUGUCUGAGUACUAUGAGACCGUCCUCGUCGUCGGUGGCGAGGGCUACAAGUGCCGCGACGUCGCACAAAGCUACGGCUUCAGGCACGUCUACACACCCAAGGAUGUUCUAGCUUGGGACGCAGAAAUCUCGCCCUGGAGGAACUUCACUGAAGCCGAGCGUGUCGAGGCCCGCCCCGUCAACUUCGAUCGAGUCAAAUUUGAUGCCAUUCUCGUCUUUGCCGACUCCCGAGACUACGCCACAGACAUCCAACUGAUCAUUGACUUGCUCCUUUCUCACAAUGGAUACGUUGGCACCCGAUCCAAGUACCCAGAGGCUGGCAGCAUCCCCAUCUACUUUUCACAGGGUGAUAUGGUCAUGCCCACUCAAUACAAGGGCCCGCCCCGCAUGACCCAAGGCGCCUUCCGCAUUGCCGUCGAAGCCAUCUACAAAGCCCAAACGGGCACCGACCUCGAGCGAGUAGUGUACGGUAAACCCGAACUCGCAACCUACAAAUACGCCGACGAAGUGCUCAAGGCCUGGAUGGAAGAAAUCCACAACGAGAACCGCCUGCCCCAAAACGUGUACAUGAUCGGUGACAACCCAGCCUCCGACAUCAUUGGAGGCAACAUGUAUGGCUGGAAUACCUGUCUGGUUCGCACUGGUGUGUUCCAGGGCGGGCCAGGAGAGAACGAUCCGAACAGUCCGGCUAACUUUGGCGUGUUCGAUAACGUUUUGGAUGCUGUCCAGGCUGUUGUACGCAAAGAGUUGGGUAAGGAGUUUAAGUUCAAGUGGAAUGAGAAGAUUAACCCUGUACUUCACGGUGGGCGUGGUGUUUCUGCUGUCGAGUAA